AUGGAUCCCGUCAAGAAGGGUUCCCACCGGGCGUUCAUUGCCCUGGGAAGCAAUAUGGGUGACCGCGUGGAAAUGAUUGAGAAGGCAUGUCUUGAAAUGGACAGAGCGAAUAUUAAAGUGAAGAGGACAAGCUCGCUUUUCGAGACGGCACCCAUGUACAUUCUCAACCAGGAUCCGUUCAUGAACGGUGUUUGUGAGGUGGAAACGACCAUGGAACCUCUCGAGUUACUAGACGCCAUCCAAUCAAUUGAGAUUGAACUAGGGCGAAAGAAGUUGAUUGACAAGGGCCCGCGGUCUAUUGACCUGGAUAUCCUCCUAUACGACGACCAGGUCUUCUCUCAUGAACGACUCAAUGUCCCGCACAUGCUGAUGCUGGAACGCGACUUUGUACUCCGACCUCUUUGCCAACUCAUCCCCCAUGAAAAACCACCCGGCCAUACCACAACCUACCUCUCCCACUUCAACUCCCUCCCACCCCCAUCCCCAGUCCCCAUAACAACAACUCCCAUCUCCCCAACCUUCCCACCCUUCCACUCCACCCUACCAACUCGCCCAACCCACAUCAUGGCCAUCCUAAACCUAACCCCAGACUCCUUCUCCGACGGCGGCCUCCACUCCCCCACAGACUUCUCAGCCCUCACUACCACAGUCCAGCAAUUCAUCGCCUCCGGCGCAACAAUCAUCGACAUCGGCGGUGAAAGCACACGCCCGGGGUCCGUCCCCGUCGGCGAAGAAGAGGAACUCAGGCGCGUGAUCCCAGCUAUCAAACAUAUCCGCACUUCCAUCCCCGAAGCAACCAACAUCGCCAUCAGCAUCGACACCUACCGCGCGCGCGUCGCAGAGGAAGCAUGCAAAGCGGGAGCGGACAUAAUCAACGAUGUCUCGGCAGGUCUCCUAGACCCAGAAAUGCUCCCCACGAUAGCCCGGACAGGGAAAUCAGUCAUCCUGAUGCACAUGCGCGGAACACCAGACACCAUGACAAAACUAGCCGACUACCCAAACGGCGUCAUCGAAGACGUCGGAACCGAACUCACCGACCGCAUUGCCGCAGCUGAAGAAGCGGGUAUCCGUCGCUGGCGUAUCAUCCUCGACCCGGGACUAGGUUUCGCGAAGAACCAACCCGAGGAUCUUACUAUCCUCAGGGACCUACAACAGCUCCGCACGGGUGUCGAGGGACUGGAGUACCUCCCGUGGUUGAUGGGACCUAGUCGGAAGCGGUUCGUGGGAAGUAUCACGGGCGUGACGAAGGCUAGUGAACGUACCUGGGGCACUGCGGCGACUGUGACGGCGAGUGUUGUGGGAGGUGCAGACAUUGUGCGGGUUCAUGAUGUUAAGGAGAUGUGGCAGGUUGCUAGGGUUGCGGAUGCGAUUUAUCGAGUUGAGUAG